CCGCGUUCAGUAGAAAUGCCGGGUGCCUCGCGCGGUGCCGGCUCUCCGUCAGCUGCCACCGCAGCUUUGGACCCGUGACUCCUGCGGGAAGAGGCGGCUUUUAAGUGACCUUGCUCUGAAGGACUUCAUUCUGGCGCCCAGCGUUUCCCCCUCUACCAAUGGAUUUAUUUCUCACUGCAGCGAGCCGGCUGGAGGAACCGGACGUCGGACUUGGAUCCAAGCUUGGGGACCGAAGGCAGGAGGAGCAGGAGCCUGCAGAAGCAUGACCUACAUACCACGGAGCUUAAUGGACGCAUCUCUGCUGCUCGGAUCCAGCAGAAAGCCUCUGAUGAGCUCUUCAGCCUGGUAAAACUGGGAAAGGGGAGCAUCGUUUUUACUUGCUGCUUCACAACUAUGCAAAACAAGACACCUGAGUGAGGAAACAGUUUAGCAAAGAUCAUUUUCUGCUGUUCUACGCAAAAUAAGGCAGCAGGAAGAUCAACUGUGUAAAAGUAGACAUUUAGCUGACUGUUGGACCACAGUGAAAACCAAAGAGGCCCAGUUGUCUGAGAACUGCUGCCAUCCUCUCCGUGCUGAUGGGUCAAGUGCUCGCUCUGCCUUUUGGGUUUGCCGGCUGCUCUUGAGGCCUGAAACCUGAACGAGUGGACCAGAUGGAUCUGGAUCUGUACAGCCUUACCCACCUAUAGGAAACCAGCUGCAUCCUGUUACACGUUGUGAUCAACAGCAUCACACACACACACACAGUGACAGUACGUGUGUAGCCAUUAUGCUCGUGAACUGUGGUCAGCCGUUGGCUCUCGUGAGUCACACGGACGUGCCGCCUCGCGUUACAGAAAACUUCAUCCUGACCGGCUACCGCUUUCCUAACUACAGCCUGAGGGACUGCUUGUGGUCAGCCUUCAGGCCCACCAAUGAAACGGGCAACUUCUGGACACACUUCCUGCCUGUCUUUAUUUUUGCUUUUUAUUUUGUGGAGGUGUUUGGAUGGGAUGGCGCACCUGAUGCUGAAGCCGCAUUCUUCUAUCCACUGUGGACCUACUUUAUCGGGGUGUUCUGUCUGCUGAUGGCCAGCAGCAUGGCCCACCUGCUGAACUCAAUGUCUCUGGUAGUCAGAGAGGUUUGCUUUUUUGUGGAUUAUGGCACCAUCAGUGCCUACACAGUCGGCUCAUCCCUGGCGUACUACUACUACAUCCAUCCUCGGGCGGGGAUAGCUGCGAAAGGAGGCCAAAACAGUUCCCAGUUGGGCUCGAACCAUGAGCCUGAUCAACGUCCUGCAUCUUAUGCAAUGCCAGAGCACAGUAUGUUCUUUGAGACCUUCUACAUGCCUUGUGCAUGUGUCGUAGCAAUCAUUUGCGUCUUAUCUUGCUGCAAUACCCGUCAGAGGUGGAGGGAGCAUCGAUACAUUAUACGGACCUUGGUUUUCCUCCUCCCAUUCCUCAUCUCCUCCACGCCUGUGUUCUACCGCCUCAUCACCACAUCACCUUACUCCAACACCUCACCCUCCUUUGCUGCUUCCGCUCCGAUGUCCACUUUCUUCUACCGCCACUGUGUCUGGCUGCUGGUGUCGGCGCUAUUCAACAUCAGUAAGGUUCCUGAGCGGCUGGCCCCAGGCCGCUUCGACAUCUGGGGCCACAGUCACCAGUGGUUCCACUGCUGCACAUUUUUGUCCAUCCUGGAUGAACUUCACAUGAUCCUAGCCGAGGUGAGGGCUAUCCUUCUCAGUCCAGAUCUGCUGCUGCCUCCAACUCCCUCCUCACGUCUACCUGGACCUACCAUUGCUUCCACUUAUGGUGUGAUGCUCCUCCUGCAGACAACCAUUAUCUCCAUCAUCAUGUGGUUCUCCUGGCAUGCUAAUUGCAUCUACGGACCCCAGAAACACCGUCUAGAGAAGCAGCACCUCCAGAAGCACUUGAAAUGCCACUGAUCAAAGGGACUGUUUAAAUGUGGUUUGAACUGUCAUCGUGGCGAUGGUUUGGACCUGCCUACAGAGCCAUACUGCAACGAGACGCACACAAGAAAAAAGUCUAAGUGUUCCAACCGAUUUGGACCAAAACUCAAGCAUUCAUGAAAACAUCACACUAGGAGCUGGAUGAGUGGAUCUUGAAAGACCUUGCCAGGUUUUUUUUUUCUUUCCCUGGAGCUGCUCGAGCAUGUUCCAACAGGAUGUCUGACUAGUGGGGAUAAUAAGCAUCUCUCUGGGCCGAGCAGAAAAUAGAUUUAGCUUCCUACAGGGACUGACGGAGCACGUCAUUCUAACCUCUUGGCCAUGUGGUUUAAAAACAUUUCCCCGUAAUCUCCUUUGCACUUUGCUUCUGUCUGUAGCUUUGCAAGCCUCUUUUUUACGACUUGAGCUGAAGCCAUGGUUUUACGACGGAUGGAUCUGUCGCCGUGAACUUUGUUAGUGCCACUUCACCUUCCUGUGAGUUUCAGGAACACUUUUCGACGUUCUCAUUUCCUCUUCCCCUGCAAGAGAACACGGGAAGGCCUUAUCCACAGAGACAGCUGAGACCUUGCACCGUCUGGCUGUAAAGCACUUUGAAGGGGCCGGUCAAACUAGCUGAGUCAUUAAAAAGCCAUGCUUACUUUUACAACGACGGUUUUUAAAAGUGUAUCGUGAUGUCCCGCUAAUACCGCGUUGGUUUAGUUAGCUGUGAAACAUGAACAUGGUGCAGUGAAUGCAUCUUUUGCUGGGGGGGUGGGGGGGG